AUGCCGUCAUCAUCCCGUUCAUCGCAGGGCAGCAAGCGUAAGAGGACCGCUGCCGGCAGCCGCGUGUCGGUUGCCAGCGUAACGACAGACACGCUACCCUCUCAACCGCAAACGUCGUCACGAGACGCCUCGGGCGAGGAAGGCGACACGACGGCUCCCGAGUCGGAUGGCCACUCCAACCCUAAGCGGCUGAGGGCCAGCUCGGACCGCAACUCCAUCCCGGCCGCCGCCGGAAGCAGCAAAGCUGGCAGCAACAACAGGCAGAAGACGGCCUCGACGGCCGACCCGGGCGAACCGAGUGACACGACGGAGGGGAGCGCCGACAUUGCCGGUCGUGCCGGUCGUAAGAGCCAGGACAACGACUCCAUGCCUCCUCCCCCCAUUGGGAACCUCAGCCACCCCAUCGGGUACAGGACAAACACCCCGCCCGUCGGUCGACCUGUUCGCGUCUAUGCCGAUGGUGUCUUUGACAUGUUCCACCUUGGGCACAUGCGGCAGCUCGAGCAGGCCAAGAAUGCCUUCCCCAACACCACCCUGGUCGUGGGCGUCACGGGCGACGAGGAGACUCACAAGCGAAAGGGCCUGACCGUCAUGUCGGCACGCGAGAGGGCUGAGACGGUCCGCCACUGCCGUUGGGUCGACGAGGUUAUCGAGGAUUGCCCCUGGAUCGUCACUCCCGAGUUCCUCGACGAGAACAGGCUCGACUACGUCGCUCACGACGACCUCCCUUACGGUGCCGCAGAGGGUGACGACAUCUACGAGCCUAUAAAGAAGGCUGGGAAGUUUCUCGCCACUGAGCGUACCGAGGGUGUGAGCACGACGGGACUGAUUACCAGAAUCGUCCGAGACUACGAGAAAUACAUCUACCGACAGUUCAAGCGCGGCACCUCGCGUCAGGAACUCAACGUCAGCUGGCUCAAGAAGAACGAGCUCGACCUCAAGCGUCUGACCCAGGAGCUGCGUGAGAACAUCACAAACAACUGGGCCACGACGGGACAGGAGCUCAGCCGCGAGCUCAGACAGCUGUGGCCCGUCAGCAGGCCCCAGAGCCCAGCCAGGCUCAACACGGCGUCGGCCAACGGCAAUGACGCCGCAUCUGCCAGGUCCCCCACCACGUCCAAGGAGUUUCUUACCGGAUAUGCUGCCGGCCUAGCUGGUGGUGUUCGAUCAUGGGUACGGUUUUCUUCUUCUUCCUUCUUCUCUCUCCUCCUCUCACUCUCUACUACUCGCCCAUGUCUUCUCUCGACCGUCGCUUGA